ACCGCGCCUCAGAAAGUUUGCGUGCUCGUCCAGAGGGCGGCGGGCUGGGGAUCCGGCCCCAUGCGGAGCGAGAAAGCCCGGAGCCGGGCUCAGGCACGUCGACUCUUCCGAAUCGCAGCCUGGGGCUGCCGCCAUGGGCAGCUGCGUGGGGAGACAACGCAGAGAGCGGCCGGCCAACCCAGGACACCCGCGCAAGCGAGCAGGUCGAAAUGAACCCUUGAAGAAAGAUCGUCCCAAAUGGAAAAGUGAUUAUCCUAUGACAGAUGGACAGCUACGGAGCAAGAGGGAUGAAUUCUGGGACACUGCACCUGCCUUUGAGGGCCGCAAAGAGAUCUGGGAUGCGCUAAAGGCUGCUGCCUAUGCUGUGGAGUCCAAUGAUCAUGGGCUGGCACAGGCCAUUAUUGAUGGUGCUGGAGUCACCUUGCCCCAUGGCUCUCUCACUGAGUGCUACGAUGAACUAGGUAAUCGAUACCAGCUCCCUGUCUAUUGCCUGGCACCGCCUGUCAACCUGAUUAUGGAGCGGAGCGAGGAGGAGGGUGUGGAUGCCCCCGAGCCAGCACCCAACACUCGGCGUGAGUUCCCCCUCAAAGUGCGCCUGUCCACUGGCAAGGACCUGCGUCUGAGUGCCAGCAUGACUGACACUAUUGGUCAGCUGAAGAAGCAGCUGUAUGCCCAGGAAGGACUGGAGCCUGCCUGGCAGCGCUGGUUUUUCUCUGGGAAACUUCUGACAGACAGAACCCGCCUGCAGGAGACCAAGAUCCAAAAGGACUUUGUCAUUCAAGUCAUAAUCAAUCAACCACCUGCACUAAGGAACUGAGCCGAAGGCACCUGGCAUGGGCUCAAGUCUGUGAGCAGCAGAGGCUGAGCUGAAGCUCAUGGUCGCAAGCUGGUAUCUGGGAAAAGCAGAUGGUUUCCCCAGAACUAGGGCUGGAAGAUGGCCUUAGUGGUCCUUAAGGAGUAGCACGUGCUCACUUGCUGCAGGGUACAGACGAGGAGGAGCAAGUGGUGCCACAGCCCAGAUAGGCGAAGUUUGAAGUGGGUUGCCUCUUAUUGCCCUUUGGGCUUUUUUUGUUUUUGUACCUCCCAAGACCCCAAAGGAUUAGAUUGCCCCUCUUUGCCCCAGGUUCUGGGCUUGGCUGGCACUGAAACACAUGCCUUUCUCCUUUCCCCUUCAGUUCCAGCCCAGGUGGCACUACCUGUUUUUGGGCUUUGAGCCUGUAUGAUGGAAUGUGGGUGUGAUUCCCUUCAGGAAUGGUGCAUUGCUCUUGCCACUUUGGGGCUAUAGAGAAGCAUUUGCUAGAAGCUUGAGACCAAAGUGUCCCUCUUGUGAGGGACCAUACCUGGCCCAGGGCCAGACCAUAUAGUCAAAUCCCCUAUUGAUGGCGGUUUUCCAUUCCUAGGCCUUGGAUAAUGCUGAGGUUGGCUUGUUUGCACAAUCAUCUUUUACGAGCUAGUGAGAAAGAUCCUCAUCCUAGGUAUAUAGACAACCCCGCAUCCAGAUAAGGUGUAAUAAAGGAGAAUGGAGGAUGGUUUGUAUAUAUAGGUAUCAGUGUAAUUUAUCAAUAAAGACUUU